AUGGAAUUUUGGGCCUUCUGCUUGGUCGUGUCACUCGCUUUAUUGGCUGAGAUUUCUUAUGCCGCUCAGAUUACAGCAGUCAGUUACAGCAAUCUUUCAAUCGAAGCCCUCAGCUCUCAAAGACUUCCCCAUAAAAUUUGGAAACUAUCCUUCAAUUUUGAAAUAGGAAGCGCCAACGAGGUUUCUGAAGAUGACUAUUUCCUGCUCAAUCUUCCCCAUGUGUACCGUAUCAAAUUUGCGGAGGACGCCGAUUAUCAAUACAUCACAACAUCCGACGGUUCACAAGCCUUCCGGUGUUACGGAUCACAACAGGCUGCCUACAAAUUUGAAAGUUCUAUCCUCAGGUGUGAUGCUACAAAAAGCUUUCCUUCCUUUUCUUCCCUGAGUGGAAAUCUUGCCAUUGGAGUGGUAUUCAGCAGUGGUGGCUCUUCUUACCAAUACGAGCUAAGCAAUGCCAAAUACUUCGUGGCAGGUCAGCAGACAAUUGAUUUUGGGAAUGGUUUUAGCUCGUCGACGAGCUUUGACCAUGCAUCGGAAGAUUUUGGUAAUUUCUACUAUGAAGGCCACACAACGACUUAUGGAACAAUGGAAUCGUAUUAUCUUGGCUUCGCUUGCAACAAUGGAUACAUUCUUGGAGGCACUCAAGUAAUCAAUUAUAACCCCAAUGGCCAGGUUAAUGGAUACGAUUGCGCGGAUGCUCAGGUACAAAUCUCUAAGGAUUAUAAUGACUGGUUUUUCCCGACCGACUAUGAAAACUACGAUGGCGACUACUACUGCAAUGGCGCUACUCUUUCCCUUUCCUUCAACAAUAUACAACCAAACUAUCAAAUAUGGGUCAAUAAUCUUCAGUCUUUGGAUGCAUCGGUGACCACAGUCGUCCAUAGCGUUUCGUUUGAUUACACAUGCACAGAUACAACGGCUGGUUCAACGUACACUACUACUGCCCAACAGUCGCCGGUAUUUAUCAUAAAGGAUGGAACUUUCACUGGCAGUGCACUUGUGAGUGGGCAAACUAGUUCAAUAAGCACCACCACAACUACCACUACAACCACUUGGACGAAUAGUUUCGCAACGACAACUACUGAUACCAUUUCCUCAGGUGCCACGGUGAUUACAGUUCUUGUGGAUGUUCCUCCUACAAGCUCAGAGGGACCCACCUCAUUUUCAAGCUCUGGGUCUAUAUCAACAGCAACCUCAACAAUCGAAUCUUGCCCUAACCGAGCCUGCUCAUCCAGUAUUCUGUCCUCAACAUCUAAAUUGGUCUCAAGUAGUAGCGUGGGUACCUCAAGCACUAAACCGGUACCUGAGAAUUCCAGUUCAGUGUCCUCAACGCAAUUGACUCUGUCGUCCUCUAGCAUAACGACAGCUAGUAUUAUCUCUUCAUCCAGCCAAUCUGCGUCCUCAGAUUCAAAGCUGUCUUCUACAGCAAGCCAGUCGUCUUCCACCGAAAUGUCUUCUAGCAAAAGCCCAACUUCAAGUGCCAUCACUUCUUCAAGCUCAGCGCUAAGCAGCAGUUCGAGUUCUUCCAGCUCAGCGCUAAGCAGCACCGCGACUUUCACAAGCUCGGGACUGAGCAGCACUUCGAUUUCUCCAAGCUCAGCGCUAAGCAGCAGUUUGAGUUCUUCAAGCUCAGCGCUAAGCAGCAGUUCGAGUUCUUCCAGCUCAGCGCUAAGCAGCACCGCGACUUUCACAAGCUCGGGACUGAGCAGCAGUUCGAGUUCUUCCAGCUCAGUGAUAAGCAACACCUUGACAUCUGAGAGCUCCACUUCUUCCAGCACACAGAAUUCAUUUACUAGUACCUUGAAUUCUUCAAGCACAAUAGCUUCCAGCACCGUGGCCUCGUCUACCACACAAUCGUCCUGUAACGGUUCCUGUACCAGCUCAUCGAUCUCCUAUCCCAUUUCCUCAAGUACCGUUGAGCUAUCCAGUACCGAUUCUUCUGCAAGCGCUGUAUCCUCCUCCAGCUCAUCGUUAAGUUCUAUUCCUCUAUCAUCAUCUGGAGGAGUCACUUCGUCCAGUGUCAUAUCUUCCGACACAACCUCCCUUUUAAGCAUACCUUCCACUGCAAGUUUGCCAAGCACUGUGACUGCCUCCAGUUCAUCCUCAUCUGUACCUUCUUCGACUUCGACGACGACAUCAACUAGUGAGGCGGAGUCAUCGUCAAUUUUGUCCCUACCUUCCAGUGUAGGGACUUUGAUUACUACUUCUGGGACAGACCAUAAAACCUGCAAUAGCGGUGCGUGUACCUCAUAUCAAACAACCCGCACUCUGUCAACGAGCACGUCAACUGGUGUUUCAAUUCGGUCUUCACCGCUCUCAUCUGCGUCGCGUCUUUCUACUACCCCGCCAGGAAGCUCAACAAAUCUUGUGAGCGCAACGACAAAUUCAUCGUCAAAGCUUGAAGUGAGUUCCACAAGUUCUGAAGUGUCACUCUCAAAGUUGUCGAUCUUUAGUUCCACGGCCUUAACACAAAAGACGUCUGCUGCGAGCUCCAAUACCCCAUUGUCUACAUCUACAUCGCCAGUAUCACCGGCCCCAUCAGCGUCCGAUUUCCUAAGCACCAGACCGUCAAGUCAAGGCACUGCAGCAGAAUCGACAACUUACUCCUUCUCAACGACUGCAUCCCCGCCAAAUGGAACUCUCGGUACCACUACGAUGUUGAUUUCCACAGACUCAUUCUCUUUUACCGACGCGACAGUUUCAACUACGACAAACUCAAAGUAUUCUGGAACUGUGGCGGCUUCGCAAUUCGAUUCAGUGAGUCCAACGGCGGUUUCUGAAAGCUCCAUUAGCUCUUCACCUUACACCCUCUCAACUUCCACCUCUACAAACUUUGAUUCAACGGUAGAAUUAUCGACUUAUUCUGGGGCUGGAAGUUCAACAGGCAUAUCAGGAACUAUUUUAACGAUGAUAACCAUGGCAUUUUACGCAUUUCUAUAA